AUGGGAUGUACUCAUAGCAAAAACUCAAAGUCUAAAUCUGGUGUUGCGAAGAAUGAACAUCCGUUGGAACGAUCACUUCAUCACAGUCGCGUAGCCCAUUUCGAGGAGACGCAUCCAACUACCCAAUCAACGAGCGUCGAGCCAGAAGAGCCGCAAAUGAACCAUUACACGAAGAACUUGCUAAAUGAGACGAGAGAAUCGACGCAUCAGAACACUGUAGCCCAGGAUAAAAGUGCCAAAAAGCAAGAUACUAAAACACAAUCCACUCCUACUGUUAAAGCGGAUCAGAACAUCACGAUUCCUACUCAAAACAAACAGUAUGAAUUUUAUCAUUUUACAAUUUCAAAUUUAAAAAAACGUUCCAGACAAUAUUCUGAGGCUCCUGCUGAUAAGAUGGAGACAGCUCCCGACACAGCGCUUCCCCCAACUGUUCAACAGAAACAGUUUGUUUCUUCGACUUAUUAUCCGAUGCCAACAGUUGGGGAAAAACAAAAAUCUCCGGAAAAGAAGAAAACGACAAAAAGAGUUGAACAGAGUGAGGAGAAAAAGAAAAAGAAGGAUCAACAAAAAUCAGCAGUUAUUGGACCAAACUAUCGUCCUCAACUGACUCCGGAAGAUAUGGAGUAUAUCAGACGAUCGGUUCAACAGAGAAACGAAAGGCGCGCCUACAUGAUGGCUCAUCGAAAUGAGACGGACGACACGCUGUAUGAGCUGGAACUGAGGAUGCCGGAAAAGGAUUACACAAAUCGAAUCGAAGCGACACAGAACUCUCGCGUAUACUGA